UGAAGUGAAGUGAAGUGAAGUGAAGCAGACCCGUGGAAUGGAAUGCCACAUGCCGGGACCUGUGCGUGUGCGCGCGGGCGCGCGUGUGUGUGCUAAUCCCGGUACCUCCCAGUAGCCGAUUACUCAACACAAAAGAAGUUGCACCAUGUGUCUUUUCUCAGGCGAGAAAGCGGCUGGCGACGGCGAAGACGCGCGUUCGAUCUUCUGCUACCAGAUGAAUGACAUGAGGAGGCUGUCACGUGACCACAGGAGGCUCGACCACCAAAACAUCGUCAUCGGCAGCAUAUGGACAUGUGUGUCCAUGUGCGGACCCUCCCGCUGCUGUUGGUGGUGGUAGCAGGCGUCGACUGGACUCAUGCAGCUCAGGAUGAGUGCAAGGACUACCAGGUUCAGUUUGAACGCGUGUUCUCUGUGCCGGGCGACGCGGCGAUGAUCAACUGCACGCUGGCGUCUCCCGACGUCUUCAACUUGUCGGCGGCGUCUUACGAGGUCGACUGGUACCGCGCGGAGACGGGCCGACGGCUACGCAACGCCAGUCGUCACGUCCUCAUACGAGGAGAGACCCUGUGGUUACUCAACGUCACCAUGCAGCACGACGGACAUUACCGAUGUGUACUCAGGACGAGCGAGGCGCGCUGCUACAAGCAGUCCACCAGGUUGGUGGUGGAGCGUCCCGUGCGUGGCGAGUGCGGGCGUCCGCGCAAAGCCACUCAGUUCCUCACCGUAGGCGUGACGGACACGCUGUCCUGUCCAAUCAAAGAGGUCCUCAACAAGCUUCGCAGCUACGCCGUCCCCGCCUCUGUCACAUGGUACAGAGGCUGCGACGUGAUCGAGAACGGCUUUGACGGACACGUGUACCGGGACCGAGCCCGGCUGAAAAUCCAAGACGUGGACACCCGAAACAAUCACUCGUACACCUGCACCCUCAACUUCAAUCUGGGCGGCGUCUCAGCGUCCAUGUCGGAGACCAUCCAGGCCUGGGUGCAAGAGGAUUACUGCUUCCUUCCCCAAGUGCUGCAGCCAGCUGAUGAUAUCGUCAAAGCAGCCAGUGGAUCCCGUUUGAAGCAGACGUGUCGAGUGUUCGUGCCGUGCAUCGGCACCGUCCCCGAUGACCCCAUGGUCGACGUUUUUUGGUUGGACGACAUCAAUUUCAUUCCCACCAACAACUCCGAGAGGAUCUUCGCCUCAGAACCGCGCGUGUGGCGUGUGAGCGACUCUCCCAAAGGCGUGUGGUUGGAGAGCGUGCUGACCAUUUCCUCCCUGGAGGACGCCGACUUCCUGGUCAACUACACGUGUCGAGUGUACAGCGCGCGGGGCUGGCCUCAGGCUCACUUUGCACUGCUGCCUCAAGAACCGGAUGUCCUGGUGGCCGUCGGGUGUGUGUUUGGCGGCGUGGUGGCGCUCGUGGUGUUUGCCUUGAUGGUGUACUUCCACUUCAAGAUUGACAUGGUGCUGUUCUUCCGGAGCUCCUUUCCAAUCUGCUAUGCAAAUGAGGAAAAUGAUGGGAAGCAGUUUGACGCUUACGUGACGUCCUACUACCCGCACAGCUGCCAGCUGGACAUAAGCCACAAAGCGCUAACGUUUGCGCUUCACGUUCUGCCGCAAGUGUUGGAAAAAGCUUGCGGCUACAGGCUCUUCAUAGCCGGGCGGGACAGCCUGCCAGGACAAGCCACGGUGGACUCCGUGCACGACAACAUGAUGGCCAGCCGCAGACUCCUCCUGCUCUACGGCGCCUCCUCCUUCGCCUGCACGCACCGCCACCACAACGACGACAAACAAACUAAUAACAACAAUGUGGGCGAGUAUGCGUGUUUGGAGCCACGACGUCAACACGAGUGUGCGGUGGCUAUGCAUCAAGCGCUCAUGGAAGGAACCCUCAAGGUGGUUCUGGUGGAGCUGGAGGAGGUGAGCGCGGCUCAGCUGGCUCUCUUCCCGGAGUCGCUGCGCCACCUGCGGAAGAAACAGGGCGCCAUGUGUUGGUGGAAGAACCACAAGCGCCACAACCAGAACCGGCAGCAGAACCAGAAGAGCCGGAUCAACUGCACCAAGAAGCCCUCCCCAUCCGGGACCAACACACAUGAUCAAGCGGAAUUGUGCUCGUCACCGUGCCUGUCUCCUUCGUCCAGGUUCUGGAAGGAAAUCCGCUAUCACAUGCCAGUCAGGGGCAAGAGGGCAGCGCCCCCCGAAAGGAUCGCUCUCCUCAAGGUGUAGCCACUCACAGCAAAACAGCUGAGAAAGGCUCAUGAAAGACCACCAGACCAGCCUGAUGGAGGAUGGAUGGAUCAUCAGUGGGAGGGGCCCCUCCGUUACCUAGUUAGCUUGUUCGGCUCUGUGUACGAGCAGGGAUUGAGGAUUGACUGCAACGGGACCACAAAGUGUUUGCAGAGCCAUAGUUCCCCAAGUAGCAUUUUAGUGUGGAAAUAAUGACUAAUAAUGAAGUGUACAGAAUAAAACUAUAGUGAAAAACA